CAAACUCAUAGCGCGGAGCAAUCCCCAGUCCUGGCCUGGAAGAGAUCGGCCUCCCGUCCGGCAGCUCGGUGACAUACUCGCGAUUUCCUGCCCCGGCCUCCCCUCCUCCCGGUCCCGGCCCUCCGGGCUGGGCUGCCGCGUCCCCUCGGUACCUGCGGCGGUCACGGGCUCGCCCUCGCUCUGCUCGCCGGAAUCCGAAUCCAUGCUGCGAGCUGCCGGCCGGGCGUCCGCAGCCGCCCGCCCUCCCGUCUGCGGGACGCUCGGGGUCGGAGUCCGGGCUCCGGGGGCCGCGGCGCACUCGGUGCGGGCAGCCGGGCGGCGGCAGCCCUGGCGGCGCUGGCUGGGCAAUGCGCGGCGGCCACGGCCGGGGGUCGACUCCCCAGAGGCGAGCGCCGCCCGCGUCCCGUUCCCCGCGGCCGCCGGCCGGUGCCUGCGCGCGAAGCAAGCGCGGGGCGGAGGGUGGGAGCGCGCGGGGAAGAGAGCGGGAGGGGGAGGGGAGGCGCGAGCAGGGAGGAACGGGAGCGUCCGGCCCCGCGGGUUCCAGACCGGGCUUAAAUACCCCGGGGGCGGCGCCGCUCCUCCUACCCGCGCCCCGCGCCCUGGACCUAAGGAGCGCGGCGAGGUCGUGCAGGUCGGCGAGGCCGAGCGGUCUCUUGCUGGGGGCCAACUUGGGACGAUUUUGAGGCGAGAAAGCGCCUCUACCGAGUAAGGAGAAGGAGAGGUUCCGUGUGGGAGUCCUGGGGUUGCCCGGGUUCGAGUCCACCAGCCCGGAGACCUUAGAAGAGAGACUCAACCUCUCUGAGCUGUUUCCUCACUUGGCAAAUGGGGAAAUGACAGUUGCUUUUUGUCGGGAAUGUUGUGGGGGCGUAAAUAAGAUCAUGCACGUGAGGAGCCGAGAACGGGGCCUGGCGCUUGGCGAGGAAGCGAACAGCACCGGGCAGGGUCUGCAUCUAAGGGAACCUGUCUUCAUCAUGCCACAAGAACAGAAAGCUGAGAAAUGAUGGAAAGAGAAAGCAGAAGUCCUCUGAGAAAGCAGACCCAGGAACUAAGGCUGGAGGUAGGCAUUCUAGUUUUCCAGCAGUGGCUCUGCUCCUCAGUUGUUGACCUCAUCUGCCUGAACCAGUAUGGCUUUCACUGCAUCUUUGCUCCAGUCAGAUGGAUGGAAGAAGUGGGCAGUAUCCAGUCUGACUUCCUUUAAGAACUCAUGACUCAGGGGUGCCUGAAUGACUCAGUUGGUUAAGCAUCUAACUCUCGGUUUCAGUUCAGGUCAUGAUCUUAUGGUUCAUGUGAUCGAGCCCAGCAUUGGGAGCUGCUCUCAUAGCAUGGAGCCUGCUUGAGAUUCUCACCCCUCCCCCCUUUGUCUCAAAAUAAACAAAUACACAUUAAAAAAAAAGUUCAUGGCUUAAGAGGUUUUAGUAGACACUUUCAGAGUUCUGUCUGUAUCAACUUCUCUUUUAUGAUUUUGUGGAGUUUAUUUCUGCUUUUUCCUGAUGUUGGAAAGAAACUGCACUGUCUCCUUCCUCCUACACAGAUUGUUACAAAUAACAGGGGCAAAGACUUGCUCUGCAGGCUACUUGAUCAACCACUUAAAAAUGGACAAAGAAGGCUUUUUCAGCUGCAUGACCAGAAGCACUUAUUCUGUGGAGUUUGAGUAAGCCAUCAAACCUCUCUGAUCUCAGCUUUCUAACCUAAAAUGAGGGUUAUCAUAAAAGCUCCUCUUUGGGGCUGCAUUAAUAUUGGAUAGAAAGAGGACAUGAGACACUCUGAAAAUUGCAAAUCAUUGUUAUCAGUGUUGUAGAUCAACAGAUCUCUUUUUAAAAUAUGCUGCUCUUGACA